AUGCGGUGGACUUCUCUUCUUGCACUCUUAUCAUCACUAGGGGCGAUAGAGGCAGGUCGCCAUACCAGUGCGCACACAAACCGGAUGCGAAACAAACUUCAUCAACGCGCUGUUGAUAACGAGCCUCGCGUCGCUAAGCACAAAGCCGUUCCUCACAGUUUCAAAAACUCCAAUACUGCCAAAUUUAUCGUAAACGGUUCUGCAAUUCCUGAUACGGAUUUUGAUAUCGGCGAGUCAUAUGCUGGACUCCUCCCUGUAGGUGGAGACAGUAAUGGAGAGUUAUAUUUCUGGUUCUUUCCAACGUCCGACGUCGAUACGCCGAAGGAGAUAAUCAUUUGGCUGAAUGGAGGGCCCGGCUGCUCCUCCCUGCAGGGUCUAUUGAAAGAAAAUGGCCCCUUUCUCUGGCCGACGGGGACGUACAAACCUAUUCGUAACCCCUGGAGCUGGCACCAUCUCACCAACGUCGUCUACAUCGACCAGCCUAUUGGCACAGGCUUCUCACGCGGCAACAUUACCGCCACAAGUGAGAAGGAUAUCGCCGUGCAGUUCAUGGGAUUCUGGAAGAACUUUGUGGAUACUUUUGGCCUACAUGGCUACAAAGUAUACCUGGCUGGUGAAUCGUAUGCAGGACUGUACUGCCCAUACAUAGGCAGUGCCAUGCUCGACGCUGCUGACACCAAGUACUUUGACAUGGAUGGCAUGCUCAUUUACGACCCCGUCAUCUCAGAUUCAUCCACGCAACAUGUGCCGGUCAACAACUUUGUCAAUUAUUGGUCGAAUGUCAUGACUUUCAACGAUACAUUCAGAGUGACACUUGCAAAUGCGUCCAAAACUUGCGGUUUUGACGACUUUGUUGACAAGUACUUGACCUUCCCACCGCCUGGCCGACAGCCAGAUGUGAAAGAUAUGCCUGGAAUCAAUGAGGACGGAGACGAUGUACGCGACGAGUGUGCACUUUUCAACUUGGUAUUCAGUGCAACAAUGGCUUUGAACCCGGGAUUUAAUGUCUAUCAAAUCACGCAGACAUUGCCGGUUCCGGAUGAUGUUCUUGGAUUGCCUUGGACAGGUUUCUAUGUUGCUGAGGGAAGACAGAUCUAUUUUAAUCGCACAGACGUCAAGCGUGCGAUCAACGCCCCACUGAACUCUGACUGGUCUGUCUGUUCAAAGGGUGAUGUGUUCGUUGAAGGUUAUGACGAUUCGGACCCAUCUAUAGUGCGUGCUAUCCCGCAUGUCAUCGACGGAACUCAUAACGUCCAAAUUUCCCACGGAAGCAUGGAUUUCAUACUCGUAUCAAAUACAACACUACUGGCCAUCCAGAACACAACAUGGGGAGGAAAGCUUGGGUUCCAGUCUAUGCCAGAGAGCCCACUCUUCGUACCUCAGCACCCGGAUCCCAAGUUGGAGGGCUCUAGCGGCAGCGGCGUUCUUGGCACCUUCCACACUGAAAGAGGGCUAACGUGGUCUGUCGUGAACCAAGCUGGCCACAUGGUUCCCGCGUACCAGGCUGCAGUAGCCUAUCGCCAAGUCCAGUUCAUGCUGAGAAGGAUAAAGAGUCUUGGCAGCACACAGCCAUUCCCCCAAUACCCGGAUGAGCCGCAACCAGACGCUAAGGGCCUCGGCCAAGGAACAGGGCCGCUAUAG